ACUCCAUGUACCGUUCCAGAACAUGAACUGGGACACUCAGCUUAAUUCCAUACUAAAUGAUACCGAUUGCAAUGUAGCAAAAAUCAAGGAAAGAUUGAACACAACAGGGUAUUAUGCAAAAGUUGGCUCACUUGAUAAAAUGGAACAUAUUCGGUUCAGUGAUCCUAUAUCACUCCCUACAGAACCCUCUUAUUUGGAUAUGUUAAGCUAUAAAUUACCUAAAGAAGAAUUAAUGGGUAUCUACAGGCAGCUACAAUCUCAAGGAAAGGCCAUUGAAUGUUUACAACAAGCUUUAUUGAGAGUUGAAACAGAAAAACUGCAGCAACAGCAGAAAAUCCGAUCGUUAGAAGAGGACAUUCGCCAAUUACAGAGUCGAUCUGAAGAAAGAAAUUUGGAUUUCCAAUUGGAGAGGAAGAUGGACGACUGGCGGAGGGAGAUGUCAAAUGAAAUGUACAGCUUGCGGGAGCAAGUACGACAAGUGGAUGGGAGAUUUAUUCAUGGAAAAAUCACAAUUUCUAGUCUAAUGCAAGAAAUCCAGGAAAGCAAAAAAGAUCUGUGUGAAGAACAUGAUUCACUUCGAAGGGAGAUUGAUAAUAUGAAGCAUAAAAUACGGCGACAAGAGGAGGAACUGCUGAACCAGAUUUCUGAUACAAAGGAACUUAAACGAUCACAGGAGAAAAGUAGAAAGAUUCUGAGAGAAUUGAUGAAUAAGUAUCAAUCUCAGCUCUUGGAUUCUAGCAAGUCAGUUCAUGAACGGGAGUAUGCCGAACAGGAGCUUACGCACAUCAGAUCCACAGUUGCUGGUUUGAAGGAACAACUGAGAAACAUCCAUCUAGCUGACAACCAGACCAGUACACCAUCAAAACCAGAUACAAGAAAACAUUACCCAAAGAAACAAGCCAGGACCCAGUCACUAAAUGAAGAUUCUGACUCCAGUCUAAGUUCCACACUCAGUCUGGUAGACAUAAGCUCAGAUGAUGACCUUUCUUUGUCGCAAGAUCUUGAUUUAGAUCCACCAAGUAAAAAAGGUGCCAGGUACUGCUCUGCCUUCUGCACAGAGGAGAGUGAGAGAACACCAAGAACUAAUUAUUCCGAUGAAGAUGUCAGUGAGGACUUAGAAGGUCUAUCUGACAAUCCGCCUGAACUAAAUCUCAGUGAUUUGUCCUGAGUGGUGGAGUUUUUGAAAACUGGGGAGGAACAUUUCUGCAUCCUUUCUCAUAAAGGUCCCUUUAACGUUUUCAAAGUUAUGCUUUUUAAUAUUUAAAUCAAAACCAUCCAUGUCAAAGGCAAGAAUUUCUAUCAAGUGUAUGAUAUCUAUACACUUUAGAUAGACUUGAUCUAGACAGAAGGGCAGUUUGUGUAUUUUUAUAUGUUGUUUUAUGGUUCCAGGCUAAUAUUAAUUAACAUUUUAUCAUCUCAAGUUCUAGUCCUUUUCUGGUAAGUUCUGAAAACCUUUAAAGGUGCUUGAAGGUACUCCUUUAUCUACUGACGACUACUAUUAAAACCAGCAAUCAUUUGUAUAAAGUUGAGGCAGAAUUUAUGAAAUUGAGAAAUUGUAGAUGAAGAUUGUGGUGCUGUGCCAUUACAAUGUGAUUCUUGAUCUCAUAAUUUCUCAAUCUUAGCUGUGCUUUUGCAAAAGAUGCUGAAAAAGGAGGUACCUCCAAGGCAAGAAAUCAUCAUUGAGCCUAUGCUGCUCCUGCUGAUCUUGAAGUAGAGAUAUGAAUGUCCAAAAAUUGGUCAGUAAGUUUUCACUAGUGAACUAGGAAAGAAACAUUUUUUGGACUUGACAUCAGUUUGGAAGAACAUGGUAGAAUUGUUUAGCAUACACUUCAGGUUUAUUCAGCUUUUCUCCCAGAAAUUAAGAAAUAGAUUAAUCAUGGUUCAUUGUUCAUUAAAAGACAAAAACUCAAUUAAUCUCAAUAUUUACAUUCAUUACUGCUGUGUGCAGCAAUAGUCUAAUAUCUGAAAGAAUGGACUGGGUUUCUUGAGUAUUGAAGUGUUUGGCUGGAGAGAAAUAGAAGCUUUAUCAUGCUAGUUGAUUUCUUGUGACAUUGCACAGAAGUCAAAAAGUGUACUCUGAUUUUUAUCAGCAGCGUCUUGGUCUAAGUGACCGAUAAGAAUGGUCACUGGCAGGCUGAAGGUUAUUGAAGAUGGGGAUAGUGGGACCUUGAACAACUAGCAGCCAAUGUCCAUGGGCAGAGAAUAAAAGGAUCAACAGGGAUUGUCAAAAAGUAGUAGAAUCACUGGGUUCAUUCCCAAUGAUCAAAUCCAUUAGUGAGUCUUACCUUCCUGGCCUCAAUUAGAAAAAAAAUCCCAUACACAUUGUAGGAGCUACAAUCCCUAUCACUUUCAUCUACGUCUUUGACCAAUUAAUUUUGGUGUAGUCAAAAUUUCAUUAUAUAAAGGUUACUCAUAUUCAAAA